GGAGGCGGUGUGAGGACAAGGUGAGGCUUGUGGGACAGCGAUAUUGACUUCUUUACCGGUCACUGUCUUAUAAACCGCUUUCAUCUGGGAACGGAGAGGGGACUUGACGUUGUUUGUGGGCAGCUAGAAGACAUAUAAAACAUGGGCCGUCACUUCGGAGACCUUGCCAAGGUCCGACAUAUCAUCAGCUACAGCCUGUCUCCCUUCGAGCAGCGUGCUUUCCCCCACUUCUUCUCUAAAGGGAUCCCCAAUGUUUGGAGAAGAUUCCGGGCUAAAGUCUUUCAAGUAGUACCACCUUUUGUGCUCUCAUACGUCGUCUACACAUGGGGGACACAAGUGCACGCAGACCUCAAAAAGAAGGACCCAUCCUUGUAUGAAAAAGACCAGUGAAGCAACAUGGAGUUGCCUGAUCUCUCUUCUCUUUUCUUUGUGACCUUAUUUGUCCUCCGUGCUAGACAGUAAUAAAAAUAUAUAUAUAUGA